GGAAGUUGAAGAAACACUGCUUCGGCCUGCAGGCUGCGAAGCUUUUAAAGGGGGCUGGCUGAGCUCUCUUUUCGGCAUCUUUCCAGGAAAGUUACUGAAAGAGUUUUCUCUAGGUUCUGAAACAUGGACAGCCCCUCUGCAGCAAAUACUGCCUUUGGCCUGAAGCUCUUCAAGCAGCUUAGUGCAAAUGAUCCUACCAAGAAUUUGCUUAUUUCUCCCUUGAGUAUUUAUUCGGCACUGCCCAUGGUCUUGUUGGGUGCCAGAGGUAACACACAGGUUCAGAUGUCAAAGGUGCUAUCUAUAUCCAAUAAUGAGGUUCACCAAAGAUUUGAGAAACUCAUUUCUGAAAUCAACAAACCAGGCGCCAAUUAUGUCCUCAGUCUAGCCAACAGGCUCUUUGGAGAAACGUCGUAUGAUUUUCUUGCAUCAUUUAUAGAUUCCACUCAGAAAUUCUACCAUGCAGGUCUGGAGAAACUUAACUUCAUUCAAGCUCCAGAAGAUUCUAGAAGACAUAUAAAUGCCUGGGUGGAAGAAAAAACAUCAGGUAAAAUUCGAGAUCUGCUUGCCCCGGGAAUAAUUGAUUCUCUUACAAGGCUCGUUUUGGUGAACGCCAUCUAUUUCAAGGGAAACUGGGCAAAUAAGUUCAACAAAGAUCGCACACAGGAAAGGCCAUUCAUGAUUAACAAGAAUGAAAGCAAAACGGUGCAGAUGAUGUUCAAGAAAGCAAAGUACAACACGGGCUACAUAUCAGACUAUAGUACUGCAAUUCUUGAGAUGCCGUAUGUUGAUAAUGAGUUGAGCAUGAUCAUUCUGCUUCCUGAUAAUAUUGAAGAUAACUCUACUGGAUUGGAAAAGCUGGAGAGAGAAAUUACUUACGAGAAACUCCUAGAUUGGAUCAAUCCAAAGAUGAUGGACCUAAGAGAAAUUGAACUUUUCUUUCCCAAAUUUAAAUUGGAGGAAAAAUAUGACCUGAAGCCUGUUCUUAGAAGCAUGGGAAUGACAGAUGCAUUUGAUGUGGCCAAGUCAAACUUCUCUGGAAUGUCAACUAAUGAUGAUUUAGUCCUGUCUGAAGUUGUUCACAAAUCAUUCAUUGAGGUCAAUGAAGAAGGCACUGAAGCAGCUGCUGCCACUGCUGCGGUUAUGAUGUUGAGGUGUGCAUACAUGGUGCCACGAUUCAAUGCUGACCAUCCCUUCCUCUUUUUUAUUAAGCAUCUUUCUACAAACACCAUCCUGUUCUUUGGUAGGUGUUCUUCUCCAUAAUGGAUAAAUCCUGCAUAUAUUGAUAAAAUGGCUGAACCUUACUUCCUCAUCAGAUUUUUAUAAGCCAUGUUGUACUGAACUUUCCCCACCACACUUUGAUUUUCUGUGUAUUUUGAGUAUAGAUAGUUCCUUCUAGUAAUACUGGACUUGAAUACUCUCCUUCCAGGAUAGAAAUGUCCAACUAUUCAAGAAGGUUGUAGUAUGGCUUUAAUGAAUUCAAGAAAGCAAAUUGUAAUACAAGUUUCUAGUGUUCAGAUUGGCAGAUAAAUCCUGCAAAUUGAUUUGAGAUUUAUGGGCAUAUGUGGUGUAGGGAACAAGUUACAAAGCAUGAGUCAAGACAACACAACAUAGAUGUAUCUGUCUAUCUGCCCCAUAUACAUUUCCAUGUGAUGAUACAAGUACGGACAGCUCAGCCUGCAUUGUGACAUCAUGUUUUGUCAUUUCGGUGAUGUGGCUAGCUGAGGGUGCUUCUGCUGAGCUUAUAAUAACGUGUAAACAGUGCUUGAAUGAAUACAUGUUUCCUGCACACAGAUUUUUAUGCUCAUAAAUAAGAACGUAGUUGAUUAGUCUGAAUCCUAUCUCGGAACUCAAAUGUAUGGGACAUUUUAUCAAGCAAUUUGGUUGUAUGCAAUUCAAAUAUCUACAGACAAUAUUUACCUUAUAUAAUCCUUACUUUGAUGCAGCUUUUCAUGUAUUCAAAAUUGAAAUAAAAGAGCAUUUGACUGUG